AUGUCCCAUGCCGUUCCGUCUGGAGGGUACAGUCUGACCGGUUGCCAACUGACGUCUGGAGCGCCCGACGACCGAGUCGAGAUGAGGGUUGACGAACAAGUGGUACGAGGAUUGGGGGUCCACGGUCGUCCGAGCAGGGCUCACCUCAAAUGUCAAUCUCACCAGAAGACGACCGGCCGUCGUUCGACGCUACAAAAGCAGUCUGGUCGACGCUCUCCUCGAGGCACCACGUGCCACACUUGCAAUUAG